GAAUUGCUUAUGAUCCCACCAUGGCAGAUGUGUGGAGUUUGGGUGUAAUUCUUUAUACUAUGCUCUGUAGUCGAUUACCAUUUGAUGAUUCCAAUCUCAAGUUACUGCUUCAGCAAGUUCAUCGAAGAGUUGAGUUUUCCAGUAAAAUAAAACUGUCUGAUUGUGCUAAAAGCCUGAUCUACAAAAUGUUGAACUGGAAUAUAGCUGACAGGAUAACGAUAAAAGGAAUCAAAGUUCAUCCUUUCCUAGCGGCUGACGAAGGACAUUCUUCAAAAACUGAAGAUAAAAUUGCACAAGAAGAACUUGGAUUUAAGCCAGAGAAAAACGCUUCAAAGGAAGAAAAAACACCGUCCGUUGCUGGUACUUCAAAGUAA